GGAGGCAACAGCCAAUCCGAGAACAAGCGCCGCGGCUCAAGCGGUGAUUGGCUGCUUCACCGGACCGGAAGCGGAAUGGGCUAAAGAUGCUUCUGAAGGGAAAAAGAAAGAGAUGGAGAUGCCGGUUUUGACCGCUGAAGAGACUUAAGCUAUCCAAUCCUUUGUUCAUGGAUUCCAGGUUUUAAGUGUUUGAAUCUGUGCCAAUUUGCUUGGAGGAAUCCACUUCCAAUAAGUAUUCAUAGGAAAAGGCCAGUCUCCCAAUAUUAUGGCAUCUAUUAAAAUCCAAGGCUGUUCCUGAGCUUCUUCUAUAUACAGGCAGUCCCCAAGUUUGUUCUUAAGGUUUGACCUUAAAUUGAAUUUUUAUGAAGAAACAGAGAAGACUGCUUUGUCUUAUAAUUAUUAAGUGAUGUGCAUUUUUUAUAUUGAAGAUGGCAACAACUCUUUCAGUGUUGCAAGAGGAACUUUCUUCUGUAGAUAGUGAACUGCAGGCAGUGGAAAUCCAAGUCCAAGAACUCCUGGAACGUCAACAGGACCUUCUUCAGAAGAAGUCAGUCCUGACAAAGAAAAUAAAGCAAUUUUCUGAUACUGAGAGCGGGAGCAGCAAAGAUACUGAAUCAGCAGCAGAGGACUGGAACAAGGAAGAUUUUCCAUGGUCCAAAAAGGUCAGAGAGGUGUUGCGAAAUAGCUUCAAGCUCCCCAAAUUUAGACCUUUGCAACUGGAAACAAUCAAUGUAACAAUGGCAGGAAGAGAUGUGUUCCUUGUUAUGCCUACAGGUGGAGGGAAGAGUUUGUGUUACCAGCUACCAGCAGUAUGUUCUGAUGGUUUCACACUUGUGAUAUGUCCUUUGGUCUCACUCAUGGAGGAUCAGCUAAUGGUAUUGGAGCAACUUAAAGUUUCUGCAACUUUAUUGAAUGCCUCUAGCAGCAAGGAACAUGUGAAAUGGGUCUAUACUGAAAUGCUAUCUUCCAGCUCACAGCUAAAACUCAUUUAUGUGACCCCAGAGAAGAUUGCAAAAAGCAAGAUGUUUGUGUCCAAACUGGAGAAAGCUUAUCAAGCAGGAAGGCUUACGCACAUUGCAGUGGAUGAAGUCCAUUGCUGCAGCCAGUGGGGACAUGACUUCAGGCCUGAUUACAAAUUACUUGGCAUAUUAAAGCGCCAGUUUCCCAAUGCAUCAUUGAUCGGGUUGACUGCAACGGCAACAAGCCACGUUCUGCAUGAUGCUCAGAAAAUUCUUUGUAUUCAGAAGUGCAUUACCUUCACAGCCUCAUUUAACCGACCCAACCUAUAUUAUGAGGUUCGGCAAAAGUCACCAGUUGCUCAGAAUUUCAUUGAGGACAUUGUAAAACUCAUCAAUAGAAGAUACAAAGGUCUUUCAGGAAUUAUCUACUGCUUUUCCCAGAAGGAUGCUGAACAAGUUACAAUGAGUUUACAGCAACUAGGGAUCAAAGCCGGGACUUACCAUGCAAAUAUGGAACCUAAGGAUAAGAGCAGAGUUCACAAGCGUUGGUCUGCCAAUGAAAUCCAGAUUGUAGUGGCCACGGUUGCCUUUGGCAUGGGAAUUGAUAAGCCAGAUGUGAGAUUUGUAAUACAUCAUUCAAUGAGCAAAUCGAUGGAAAACUAUUACCAGGAAAGUGGGCGUGCAGGUCGGGAUGACCAGAAAGCUGAUUGCAUCUUAUACUAUGGUUUUGGGGAUAUAUUCAGAAUCAGCACAAUGGUGGUGAUGGAAAACGUAGGACAACAGAAAUUAUAUGACAUGGUUUCCUAUUGCCACAACCUGAACAGGUGCCGCCGAGUCCUAAUAGCUCAGCACUUUGAUGAGGCUUGGGAUUCCGCCAACUGUAACAAAAUGUGUGACAACUGCUGCCGAGAGGAGCCGUUUGAAAAAAUAGAUGUGACAGGACAUUGUCUGGACAUCAUCAAGAUUUUAAAGCAAGUGGACUGCAAGAAGGAGAAGUUCACUCCUCUAAAGCUGAUUGAUGCCUGGCUUGGGAAAGGAUUGACAAAACUAGGAGCAGAUGUCAUUCCUACCAAACUUCCACGUGAUGUACUAGAGAGAAUCAUUGCCCAUUUGAUACUGCAGCAGUACCUGAAGGAAGACUUUAGUUUUACAUCAUUUACUACAAUUUCCUAUGUGAAGAUAGGUCCCAAAGCUGAUCUUCUGAAAAAUAAGGGACAUGUUAUCACCAUGCAAGUGAUAGCAAGCAAAAGCAGUAUUGCUAAGGUCAGAUCACCUCAAUUAUCCAGUCCUGCAAGUCAGAUGGGGAAGAAAAUGGAAGCUACAUGCAACAAACAGAAAAGUGAUCGUAAACGGACUCAUUCAGAAAACCACAUCCAAGCAAAGAAAUCUAAAACUGCUUUUUCUGAAGAUGAGGGUGAGCUUGUGAUUGUAGAAGAUUGAGAAGGUGGAGUCUACUGACCUGUAGGAAAAACUGAACAUGGUAUGUAGAUCAAACCGUCAACAAAAUUAUAAACACUUGCAAGACCAAGUGUUUGAAGAAAAUCUUCACAGUAGUCAAGUACAAACUCAUUUCUGAGUUUCUUUCCUUUUUUACAUGUCAGAACUUUCUUUAUGCAAAGGUUUUGUUUGUGCAGGAAACAUUUUUGUACAUAACACAUAAUUCAUUUGUUUUGUGCAAAUUGUUUGCAGACCGGUUGUGCCGGGAGAUGGGGAGACAUUGGUAUUUUCUUUUUCUCUCUGUAGAUCAAAAAACUUCUAGUGUUGGUAGUUUAACAGGGGACUCGAUGCAUUAAAAAUGAUACUUUCUUACAGUAGACAAGAAAACUUAUCGAUUUCUAUGUAUAUCUUUUGGACUGUCGCGGGAUAGCAAAUCAGAGGACACCAUUCUCAAGUUCCAUCAAACUAAACUGUGUUUUUAAUAAAUGACCCUCAGUAAACAAUGAUUCUUCAAUGUGUUUUCGAAGGCUUUCAUGGCCGGAAUCACUGGGUUGCUGUGAGGUUUUUGUGCUGUAUGGCCAUGUUCCAGUAGCAUUCUCUCCUGAAGUUUCACCUGCAUCUAAUGUAGGUAGUCCAGCCUACCUGCCGAUAUUUGAAUGGCACAAGAGUUUGGAUUAGCAUGUACAAUGUACUUUUUAGAAUAAUGGAAAACCAUUUCUCUAAACUGAUGUCUGAUGGUAAGAGAGGUCCAAUGGAGACAAAAAGGAAUCUUAACUCUUUUCAAUUCUUCCUACAACUCCCUCAUGUUAGUUAUUUUCUGCAGAUUAAUCCUCUGAAUAAAAUGACAUGUAGCCUGCAACAGUCUAGUUUAAGAAUCUGCUUAGAUAGGUCUGACCCCCUUUUAAAAAUUGCUGAUUUGUUUGUGAAAUGUACUCCACUAUGCAGAGAGACUGCAGCAUUGUAGACCAACAAGCCAUAAUUCUUUCUGGCCUUAUCCUUUGAGAGUCUUCUUGAACAGCCUAACAAGUGUAGGUGCAUCUUCAUCUUGAACCAUAAUGUGUGUUUAAAAAAAAAAGACGGUUAGUUAAACCACAUGCUCAAAAUCACGAACAUGGAACCUUGUAUUGUUGUACUAAAACUUGGUAUGACCUAGAAAAGGAAAAACAAUAAUAUAAAGUGCUAGACAAAUGGUACUCUUCGUCAAACCAUGUUUGGUCCUUUUUUUAACAGUACAUAAAAUGAACACCCUUUACUUUGGUCCUCUUCACUUUAAUUCAGUGAAUUCUACCUACAUUGAAAUUUCAUAAAAUUCAGCUCCACUGCAGUAAAACUAGGAUGCACAUGUCCAGGAAUGACUUUUGCUCUCCAUAUCUUGGUGCUUUGAGAGCAGGAAUCUAUCAGGGGAAGGGACUAGUAGUGAAGGGACCUACUGCUCAUCAAACACAGGAAGUCUCUCCACCUGACAAGUCCUUCCAUGAAAUAGCUAUCCAGUGGCCCUUUCUAAACAUGCACCUGGGGUGUGUGUGUGCGAGAGAGAGAGAGGGGGGGGGGAGAGUGUCUGAGUCCAACUCACCUUUCUUGCCCAGGACCUUUCUUCUGUUUUGGAUGUUUUACCUUGCCAAGUGCUGGAAUCCCAAAGGCAUUCUUUGAUGAAAGCAUAUGUCUUAUUGUUACUGCAAUGGAGUUUUAUUUUAUUUUAUUAAAAGAUAAAUUAAAUGAAUUAAAGAACCAGAUAAUAUUACUGAACAGAAUAUUUGAAAAACCUGCCUCUUUCAAAAUUAUGAACACAAGCUCCUGUAUUGUGCAAAAGGAGGAGAAAAAACACCAUGGUUUGAGUUGAAAUAAUAAUAACGGAAAACUCAGUGGCUAUCAGGACUUUAAGAUUGAACUGCAAAGACUCUGGCAGAAACCAGUACAGGUGGUCCCGGUGGUGAUUGUCACACUGGGUGCUAUGCCAAAAGAUCUCAGCCAGCAUUUGGAAACAAUAAACAUUGACAAAAUUACGAUCUGUCAACUUCAAAAGGUCACCUUACUGGGAUUUGCACGCAUCAUCUGAAAAUACAUCACUCAGUCCUAAACGCUUGGGAAGUGUCUGACUUGUGAUUUUGUGAUACGAAAUCCAGCAUAUCUAUCUUGUUUGCUGUGACAUACUAUGUUGUAGUGUCAAUAAUAAUAAUAAUAAUAAUAACUGAAACAAAAAAAUAGUAGAUUGGUCUCUUUUUUCUCUCAUGCUCAAUCUAUGCUUUUUAGUCCUCACGUUUGUUGGAUUUUUUUAUUUAUGGGCCUAAAAUUUGCGGACCUGUGUUUUUGAUUUUGAAAUGAGAAAAGUUUUAUGACUUUAAUUCUACAGAUUCUGCAUGCAAUAAAAUUUUGUGAAAUCACA